CUUUUUUUUGUUUCAUUCUUUUUUAUUUCUCUUUUGGUAUUUCAAUCACCUUCACUGCCCUUUUUCUUUUGUACAAUGUUUACGCAGCAGGUCGAGCUGUGCAGGCGAAUUGUGCUCGAGCACUACGGUCCCAUCGUCGAGACCGUUGCCGCUUUGCUGAUCCACGAGGGUCGGCUUCCCCUGGGCCUGAUUCUGCGCAAAACAAAGCUGACCGCGCUCAACGUGCGCCAAUCACUAGCGGUGCUUAUCCAACAUGGCAUUGCAACACACGCCGAAGCCAAAGAAGGCGCACGCACCAGCAUCUUCUACGCAGUCAACAUCAAGGCCAUUCUGCGCCUCCAGCGGGCCGGACUAUACCUCGCACUAGUCGAAGAGCGCAUGGGCAAAGAUGGCCUAGCAGCAUUCCGCACAAUCAUGGCGAACGGAGUAAUGAGCAUCGGCAGCGUGCGCGACAUAUUGGGUAUUAAGAAAACGGGCAAGUCGGCGGCCAAAAUCAAGUUUGACAAUGUUGUGGCCAAACUUGUGCGCGAGAGGUUUAUCACGGCGGUGACACCAAAGGAUACAGUGACAAAGGUCGAUAGGGUGAUGCAGGAGGAGGCGAAAAUGGUGGAUGCCAUGGAUAUUCCGCCAACAGCUAAGCAGCUGAUGGAGAUCCGCCGGACGAUCAAGGAGCGCGACGACGUGGAGUACUUUAGCAGCUCUGUUGUCGGAAUCAAGCGUGCGGCUCCCCUGGACACUUACGGCGAUCGCCCAUCGAAGAUGCACGUGCAGAUUGGGCUCGAUGGCCUCCCCAUAGGCAUCGCUGGCGAUACCAGCACUGCUGGCGCGGAGGAGGACACGGUCGACGAUAAGCAGUGUUUCCGCGCGUACUAUGAUCGACUGGAUGUUCUGCUGCGCAACCAGCAGAUUGUCAACUUCUUUACGGAAAAGUACAACGUCGGUGCUGGCGCCGUAGUCAAGGCUAUUCUGCGCGUCAGUGAGCCGCACACGCGCACAUGCCGGGAAAAAAUCUCCGACGUCGUGUCCGCCAAUCAGGUCAUCCAGAACAUCGCCGCGGAUGCGCCGCUAGGGGAUUCAGUCGAUACGGGCAGCGACAUCCCAACCAGCGAGCUCUCGCAGACCAAGCGCAACGAAAUAGCAUUUGCGCUCCUAGAGGUUCUGCACGCGGACAGCUCAGGGAUUGUAGUGAAGGUCGAGGAGCGCGGCGCGGGCCAGUAUCGGGUGAAUUUCGAGCGCGCCUCGGCCACGUUGCGCGACCAGGUGCUGGAUGAUUUGGUGCAGGAGAAGUUCGGCGCCCUGCAUGCCCGCUUGAUCCGCAAGCUCGACGAGAAGAUCCCGCGCUCGGCUGACCGCAACCCAUCGCGCAUGUUCUAUCUGUGGUUUGUCAACCCUGAUAAGCAGGGCAUGACCAAUUUGUCUUUGCGCACAGAGCAUGAACUUGCCAUUCGCGAGCCGCUGAUUACUAAAACCAAGCGCAAGGACAUUAUUGCCGACCCAUCCCUGCUGACCGACUAUGAGCGCAAGGAGCUUGCAAAGCUGGAGGACAUUAAGCAGAAGCUCAAGGUUGCCAAGCUUCGUCUCGACAGCAUGCUGCUGAUCGUCCACGACAUCAAUCCAAAGUCGGCCGACCUCCAGCUGCUGCAAUAAUACAAUAAUGCAAUGAAAAUUGGUGCCCGGUCCAUUCUCACUAUGCCUUUUUCCGAAAUACAUGCAAGUGGUAGUUUU